AUGGAGCGGGCGGGGCUGCGCAGCGUGAGCCAGGCGCAGCGCCCCGCGAGCCCGGCGGGCAGCGACGGCAGCGAGGAGGGCGACGAGCCGCCGCUGCCGGAGGAGGACCUGCCGCCUGAGCCACCGCCUGAGCCCGAGGUCUCCUCCCUGGUCAAGGCGGUGCAGCCCCGCGGCCGGCUUGGCCCGGCGAGGGCCUCCGGAGGCCGAACAUGGUCAGAAACCUUCGUCGUGAGUUUCUCGCGACGUCGGAGAUCUGGGCCCGCACACCUGCUGGCUCUCUGGGCGGCUGGCCGGCCGCGGGCCCAGCUGGCGACGGCCGCGGACCUGCGGCUCGUGGGCGAGAUGGCGCCGCAGGGCCUGCAGUGGCAGUACCCGCUCUGCGACGCGGAGCGGCGGUGCUUCGUCGGGCAGCUGCCAGGAGCGAUCAGCCCCAAGCGGUGCAAGCAGCUGUUCGACCUCGUGUGCUACGGUAUGGACCAGAUCGAGUGGGAUACCCCCAUCAAGCCUGAGAAGGGCAAGGCGCACAUGACGCGGCGGACUAAGUGGAUGGCAGCACCUGGCUGCAGGUGCACCUAUAAGUACGGCGGCCUUAACUUCCAGGGCCGCGAGGACAAGACCGUCAUUGUGAAGCCGGUGGAGUUCCCGGAUUGGAUGUACCAGGUCAUGGAGGAGGUGAUGCCGUUGUGUGGGCUGGAGCAGCGAGCCAGCUGGCCCAACAGCUGCAGUCUCAACCGCUACUCGCCUGCGGUCGGCAUAGACUGGCACACCGACGACACGCCCAUCUUUCAGGGCAUGACCCGGGACUGCUGCAUCAUCUCGCUCUCGCUGGGCGCCAGGCGCCCCUUCGAGCUUCGGCGGGCCACCUCCGACAGGUACGCGCCGAUCGACUGCAGGCUGCAGCUGAACGGCGGCGACCUGAUGACAAUGGAAGGCAUGACGCAGCGGUACUACCACCAUUGGCUUCCGAGGACUGGCCAGGCACGCCUGAGCCUGACCUGGCGCUGGAUCACGGCUCAUGAGGGCAAGUGCCCACGCAGAUUUUGA